UUGCUGAAUUGGCGUAACGAUGUAAACCGGUUUGACUAUAAGCGAUUUCGUGAAGAUAUCGAGAUAAACAUAAAAGCAUUGAGCAACCCAAGGCAUGCAUGCACCGGCCGGCGAAGGAACCAAAUUUAAUGUCCUUCAUUAACUCCCACCAUAAAGACUCUCUAUUUAAAAACCCCAUCGAGGUGUUCUAUUUCCCUCUUGUAUUUUUCCAACCAUGAACAGAACGGUGGCGCUGCGGCGGCGGAUGAUGGAGGCUGCGGCGGUGCUGGUCAUCAUGAUGCUGCUGGUGACUCCCACAUCUCCGACGUGCCACCCCUCGCCGCCGUCUCACCGGCCGAGCCCCAGUCCCCAUCGCGGCGGCAGCGGGUGUAAGCAGUGCGUAGUGGAGCAGCUUCAGUACGGGUGCCCGAAAUGCACUCCGAUCCUCCGCUGCAUGGCGCGGUGCUUGUGGGGCGGCGCCGCCAAGUCAAGGUGCGUCGAGAAGUGCGACUGCGGCGGCGGGAAGCCAACCCUUGCGGAUUGCAGAGGUUGCAUGUCUAGGUGCAAAUGCAGCUGUUUGUGAUUUGUUGAUCAUCAUUAAUUAGCUAGCGUGUGGCUUGGUUUAUGAUUAGUGUUGUUGAUUAUCGUCACUAAUUAGUAGAUUAAUGCGUUUUUAUAUGAUAAUG